AUGGUCGCCGCGCCCGCCUCGCUUUCACGGGCUCGCGAGCUGCUGAAGGAGGAGCAUUGUGGCGCCGCCAGCGUCUCUCUCGCGCAGAAGGGCGACUGGGGCCGCUACCUCGCGCUGAUCAAGCAUUCCGGCAGCCGAGUGCACGACACCAUCGGUGAUGGCGGCUGGCGGACCAUCCACUUUGCCGCGCAGCAGGGCCAGCUCGUCGCCGUCCGAGCGAUCCUCGCGCAGUCGGGUCCAGUCAACGCGACUGACGCCUUUGGCAACACGCCCCUCAUCCUCGCCGCCCACGGGGCGCACUGGGAGACGGCGAGGCCCAUAUAG